AAAUUCUCCACCUAGCGGGAAAAAUCUUAAUGAUCCACGGCGGAAGGAACUUGACACGACGCCAUUAGUUCUUUUCUACUGUGAUCGUCGAAGUAGCGGUACAAAAUGACCAACUCAAAGGGUUAUCGUCGCUCCACAAGGGAUUUGUUCUCCCGCAAAUUCCGUCAGAAGGGUGUUAUCCCACUUUCCACUUACAUGAAAACCUACAAAGUUGGAGACAUCGUUGACAUUAAAGGUAAUGGUGCCGUACAGAAGGGUAUGCCAUACAAGGCUUACCAUGGCAAGACUGGACGUGUAUACAAUGUAACUCAACACGCUGUUGGUGUUAUUGUAAACAAGAGGGUACGUGGACGUAUCCUAGCCAAGAGGAUCAACCUCCGCAUUGAACAUGUCAAGCACUCCAAAUGCAGGGAAGAUUUCUUGAGACGUGUUAAGGCUAACGAGAAGUUGCGUAAGGAAGCAAAGGAAAAGAAUGAGAAGCAAUGCCUGAAGAGACAGCCAGCUCAACCAAGACCUGGACACAUUGUUAGUGGCAAAGCUGCCCCUAUUCUUUUGGCUCCAAUUCCAUAUGAAUUCAUUGCCUAAUUUGUACCCAUAUUAAUAAUUAAAGAAAAAAUAUAAACAAA